AUGGAAAGCCUAAUACAAAAUCUUGUGUUAUUAACUUUAUUAUUUGCUAAAACAGAUACCGCUCGGAUUUUGGCUUAUUUUCCUACACCAUCACUAAGUCACCAAGUUGUGUUCAGACCUAUUACACAGGAACUAGCUAGAAGAGGUCAUGAAGUGUUUGUGAUUACAGCGGAUCCUGCGUUCCCGAAGAACCAAACGCCUCCACACCUGACUGAAGUAGACGUUCAUGAUAUUUCUUACCCGCCUUGGAGGAAAAUAUUGCAAGUAAAUCGAGGAAAAAAGCUUACAUUGUCGGAGCAAAGACUCUUCGUUGAAACUUUCGCUGAAAUAUUUGAUGCUCAAAUGCAGUUACCUGAAGUGAAGAACCUUGUUAAUAAGGAUAGAAAUUAUUAUGAUUUACUUUUACUUGAAUCUUGCAAUAUAAUAGUGUUUGGAGUUGGUCAUAAUUUUGAUGCGCCUAUUAUUAGUUUAAGUUCAUUUGGCGCUUCGUCAUACCAAUACUAUGAAAUGGGAGCGCCAACACAUCCGAUUUUGUACCCUAGUCCCGAACGGUUAAGGUUGUAUAACUUAACGCUUAUAGAAAAAGUCAUUGCAAUCACAUGGGAAAUAAUGAAACAGAGUUUCUAUUUCAAAUUAGAUGAAAUGAAUGCUCCUGUUCUUAGAAAGCACUUUGGAAAUGAUGUUCCAACUGUAACUGAGUUACAAAAAUCGGUUAAAAUGUUAUUUUUAAAUGAGCAUCCGAUAUGGAGUGAUAACCAUCCAGUUCCUCCAAACGUUAUUUAUAUGGGAGGAAUUCAUGAAAGUCCAAAAAAACCACUACCCCAGGAUUUAAAAGACUAUUUGGACAAGUCUUCAAAUGGAGUAAUAUACUUCAGUUUUGGAACCAAUGCGCUGCCUUCUGUUCUACCACCGGAAAAAAUAAAAAUUCUUACAAACGUAUUAUCUCAAUUACCUUAUAAUGUAUUAUGGAAGUGGGAUGGAAAUACUUUGCCAGGACAGUCAAAAAAUAUCAAAACAUCCAAGUGGUUUCCGCAAGCUGAUUUACUCAAAAAAUAUGUUUACCAUAAAAUAGGCAUGCAACUAGAUAUCGAAUCCCUCAACGAAGAUAAGCUAAAACAAGCAAUUAUCACUAUCAUUGAAGAUGAAAGCUACAAGAAAAAUAUUCGAAGACUUAAGGAACUGAUGAGACAAUAUCCCAUAGAGCCUUUGAAUCUCACUAUAUGGUGGAUAGAACAUGUGAUUAAGUACGGAGGUGAUCAUCUUCAAGCGCCGGCAGCUGGGUUAUCUUGGAUGGAAUACUACGAAAUCCCUCUUGUUUUAGAAAUGCUGAGUACGUGUGGUUGGCGAGAUGCCAACUGCAUCAAACCCAUACCACUUACCUGUAUGGUGCGGGAGAUUAUGAAUGUGAGUGCUAAUCAAACGGAGUAUUGGUCUGAGUUUUAUUGUGCAACCUUUAUCAAACUUGAAGUUUGA